ACGCGUCUAUCUAUAAAACCGAACCCUCGCAGUCCCAUUUCCUAAAACCCUAAUCAAAGCUUCCAACUCCAAAAACCCUAGAAACCGCAGCAGGACCCCCCAAAUCCCUCGCUUCCUUCUCCUCCGAUCCUCUAAUGGCGGUUGCUUCCUUGGACGAGACUACGGCCGCGAAAGUCCUCCGCCAGGUGGAGUUUUAUUUCAGCGACAGCAAUCUUCCGAGGGACAAGUUCUUGAAGCAAAAGGUUGAAGAGAGCGAAGAUGGAUUGGUGAGUUUGGGAUUGAUAUGUUCCUUUGCUCGGAUGAGAACCCAUCUUGGAUUGGGUGAGGUGAAGGAGGAGGCGGUGCCGGAGGAUAAAGUGUUGGCGGUGGCGGAGACAUUGAGGAAGUCUAAUGUCCUUAAAGUAUCUGAAGAUGGGAAGAUGAUUGGUAGGAGCACUGAACUAGCAAAGCCAGAAGAGGUAAAGGAGCAAUUGGACUCAAGAACUGUUGCGGUUUCUCCUUUACCAUACGAUGUUAACCUUGAAGAUGUGGAAGCCUUUUUCAAUCAACACGGAAAGGUGAACAGUGUUAGGUUACCACGUCUGAUUGGUGAUAAGAGACAGUUUUGUGGCACUGCAUUGAUUGAGUUCUCAGAAGAGGAGGAUGCCAAUAAGGCUUUGAGUACAAGCAUGGUUUUUGCUGGUGCAGAGCUAGAGGUGAAAACCAAAAAAGACUUCGAUGAUGAAAGAUUACAGAAGUGGGAAGAAUUUGAAAAAACACGUCCUAGUAAGGAUGCAUCAAAUGGAAGCUAUCCGAAGGGCUUGAUUGUUGCAUUUAAGUUGAAAAGUAUUCCAUCUGAAGGAUCUACAGAAGAAAAUGGUCAAGAGGUGAAUAAAGGUGCAGAAGCCUGCAAGGUUGACGAAGCUUCAGGUUCUGAGGGUAAUAUAGUUGAGGAUGAUGAAAUGAACACCUCAGAAAGUGUCCCUGAGAAUGAGGGAAUGUCUGCAGAAGAUAUUGAAAAGGGAAAUGGCAGAAAGGUUGAUGAAGAUCACACUGAGACCGAUAAAAAGGCUGAUGGUGAUGCCCAAGAGGGUGAUGCUAAGGUUACCGAAGGUUCACCAGUGGAAAAUGUCAAGAAGAACACUGUGUCGACAGACAAUGAGAAUGUAAUCUUUAGAGAGGACCUAAUGAAGAUCUUCCAGAAGUUUGGAACCGUAAAGUUCAUUGACUUUAGGAUGGGUGAGGAAUCAGGGUACAUAAGGUUUGAAGACUCUGAUGCAGCUGUCAAAGCUCGUGCGGAAGCCGUGCUUACUGAUGAAGGUGGCUUUAUUGUCAAAAAGCACAUUGCUACGUUAGAACCACUGACUGGUGAUGCCGAAAAGGAGUACUGGAGCUUGCUACGUGGCAACCAAGACAAGUACAGGGAAAAUAAAGGCAAUAAUAAGAGAGGAAGGGGUAAAGGAAACAGGGGAGGUAGACAAUUUGAUGGCAAGAGAAAUCGCCAAGGUGAUUCACACAAUGGACGAGCGAAUAAAGCUCAGAAAGUUUAAGUUGGCAGCGAGCCCCUAUGACAGUUUUCUUGAGCCUGCUCUCAAGGUAUGGUAUUCUCUGCGGUCUUAUGCAACAAGGAGCUAACAGAUUUUGGUGGUGAUUAGCUAUUAGUUCCAUUUCCUGUUUCGAUUCUCUGCUGUAGUUACUAAUAUAAAACUUUAUAUAUAUGUAAUGCUUAAGAUGCACAACUUAUCUAAUGAUAUUUAUUAUGAACAGUGAGUUUGUUCUGUAGA